AUGGUAGUGAGGGGGGCUCCGGGGGUUUCAGACUUGAGCAGCAGCUCGCAGCACGACUCGUCUUUGAGGCUCUGUGUGCGCGAGGCUCGCAAGAGCAAGAGAGAGAGAGAGAGAGAGAGAGAGCCGAGCGCUCCGAGGCUCACAAGGCCCACGAGUCCCGAUGAGCCUCAUCUCUGCGACCCAUUUUUCCAUUCUUUCUGACAGGAAUUGAGCGAGUAAGUAGAGCUCGAGAGCGCAGUGCAGUGCCGAGGAGCGGAAGGGAGCGAGGAGCGAAGGCACCGACCGAGGCAGGAAGCGAGAGAGCCAGAGGACAGAGGAUACGAGGAUAAGUGGUGGUGGAAGCGCGACCCGCCGUGUAGGCAGAGGCAGUGAGUGAGUGAGAGAGAGAGAGAGAGUGGGCCGCUGGGUGGCGGCGGUGGUACACGAUGGGAGUGGUGAAUGCGAGAAACGGAGCUCGAGCGAGGAUGAUUGGGGCGGUCGACGGCUUGAUGUGAAGCGCGGGCUGUGGGCUUCGAGGACCUCCUCGAAGGGCUCGGUGGGCUGGCGGGCAGGCAUUUCUCGAAGGAUGCAGUGAAACGGAAGGACGGAAGAGCGAUUCGUGUGUUGGUUUGGUUCUCGAGAUUGAAGAUCUGUAAGUGACCGAUUGAUUGAUUCUGCGGACGAGGAAGAACGCAUCCGCGCGGCUUAGACUUGUUGUCGGGGCCUUGCCCGAACCUAGAGAGAUAGAUAGAGAGAUAGAUGGUCGGACCUCGGACACGCAUUGUGUGACUUCGUCAGCUGAUUCGGUGAGCGAGCAGAGGAGCGAGUAGGAUUUGGCAUUCACUUGAUUUGUAUGUUGCUCGAGUGAGUGUUUGAUAAUGGCGGCCACUCCACCCACGACUGGGGCUCCGACUGGGGCUCCCCCACCCGCCAUAUCGCCUCCGGCUCCCCCUCCCGCCACAGCCCCUCCCCCCGCGGACUCUCCCCCUCCUCCAUCUCCCGUUGCGCCCCCUCCCGAGGCCACAUCCCCUCCCCCUCCCGUCGCAGUCCCUCCCGUCUUCUCCCCUCCUCCCCCCGUGGAAGUGCCGCCCCCCGUCGUCUCUCCGCCUCCGCCCGCUGCCCUUCCUCCGGCUUCGUCUCCCCCUCCUCCAGUCGCCGUUCCGCCCACCGAAUCCCCGCCUCCUCCCGCCGGAACACCCCCAGCCCCGGAGCCCGUAGGCUCCACACCUCCAGUCACCAACACUCCCCCUCCCACCUCGAAUCCGUCUCCUCCCCCGCCCACUGCUUCUCCCCCACCCCCCGGAACACCCCCAGCCCCUCCCCCGUCUCCACCCCCGCCUGCCCCCCCUGUCACUCCAACCCCGCCGGGGGUUAGCGCCUCUCCCCCGCCCCCUCCCAGGCCGAUCGCAUCACCCCCACCCCCCAAGGCCCCGACCACCACCACACCGCCGUCCUCUGACACCAGCAGCAGCGGGGGCAUAUCGACCACGGCGGUGGUCGGCAUUGCCGUGGGAGGCGUGAUUGCGCUCAUUCUGAUCGGAGCUCUGUGGAUCUGCCUGGCGCGAAGGAGGCCCAAGCAGAAGCUGAAUUACGCGCACCGAGUCGGGCACAAUGCGAUGGGGGGAAUGGGCUCGAACAAGAGCGAAGCGUCGUCGUACGGGAUGACGGGGAGCCGAGUGGACUAUCUGGACUCGGGGGAGAUGACCCCCAAGCCCACGCCCCCGCCUCCCUACAAGGGGGAUGGGGGAGGCAUGAACGGCGGGGCGCCGGGGGCUGGGAAGAUGGUCCCUCCCCCGCCCCAGGGCUCGCCUAGCGCCGGCAGCACGCGGCCGUGGUUCACGUACGAUGAGCUCGAGGUGGCUACGAAUGGAUUCUCGCGCGACAAUCUGCUCGGCGAGGGCGGGUUCGGGCGCGUGUACAAGGGCGUGGUGGCUGGGAACCAGCUGGUGGCUGUGAAGCAGCUGACAAUCGGCGGGGGGCAGGGCGAGCGCGAGUUCCGAGCCGAGGUCGAGAUCAUCAGCCGCGUGCACCAUCGGCACCUGGUGUCGCUGGUGGGCUACUGCAUCGCGGACAGCCAGCGGCUGCUGGUGUACGACUUCGUGCCCAACGGCACGCUCGAGCACGCGCUCCACGGCAAGAACAUGCCGGUGAUCGACUGGCCGACGCGCAUGAAGAUCGCGCUGGGCUCCGCGCGGGGCUUGGGGUACUUGCACGAGGACUGCCACCCGAAGAUCAUCCACCGCGACAUCAAAGCCUCCAACAUCCUGCUCGACAACAGCUUCGAGGCGCAGGUGGCGGAUUUCGGGCUGGCCAAGCUCGCGAACGAGGCGCACACUCAUGUCACCACGCGCGUCAUGGGCACCUUCGGCUACCUGGCCCCCGAGUACGCGCUGAGCGGCAAGCUCACCGACAAAUCGGACGUGUAUUCGUUCGGCGUGGUGCUGCUGGAGCUCAUCACCGGGAAGAAGCCCGUGGAUGUGACGCAGGCGCCCGGCGAGGAGAGCUUGGUCGAGUGGUCGAGGCCCAUGUUGACGCAGGCGCUGGAGGACGGCAAUCUGGACGUGAUCGCCGACCCGGCGCUGCAGAACAACUUCAACGAGAAGGAGAUGUUCCGCAUGGUGGAGGUGGCGGCGGCCUGCGUGCGCCACUCCGCCAACCGCAGGCCCAAGAUGGGGCAGGUGGUGCGCGCGCUCGAGACCGAGGGCGCCGAUCUGAACCAGGGCGUCAAGCCCGGCUACAGCACCGUGUACUCGGUGUCGAGCGAGUCGGGCGAGUACGACUCGUCGCAGUACAAGGCGAACCUCAAGCAGUUCCGCAAGAUGGCGCUGCAGGGCACCACCGGCGAGUAUGGCAGCGAGUACGGCAUGACGAACGAGUAUGGCGUGGCGCAGUCGGCCUCGAGCAGCGAGUAUCAAUUCGACAGCCGCGAUCACGGGCCUCCUCCUCGAGGCCAGCAGCAGCAGCAGUACCAGGGGCAGGGGCAGGGGCAGCAAGCCCACCGGGAGCAGCAGAUUUACGCGCACGACUCCGAUAGCAGCCGAAGCUCCGACGACACGCGAAUCGAAGUGCUGGACGAGCCCAGCCCCCGACCGGGGAUGCGAGCCCAGGGGCACGCGCAGGUCGGCGCGCUGCCGCUGCCCCCGAACAGGCGAACGGUGGCGGGCGGGGGGUUGCGCGGGGGCAGCAGCGAGGACCUGAGAUCCAAGAGCCCGACGAACCAAAGGCCCGGGCACCGGAGACGGGGGUCGGGAUCGGCGAGCGGGGCUGGGGGUGGAGCGCGCAUGAGCUCCGUGGCCAGCAGUGUCUUCAGCCAGGACUACACUCCGCAACCGCCUCCGCCCCCGCCCGACUACGGGCGCCAGUACAGCGAAGAAUACCCCGAGUCCAAGUAUAGCACGGAGGAUGAGGGGAAACCAAGCAUUAUCGCUGACCGACUAGAAGAAGGAUCGAGACCCUUACUACGGUCCUCGCAUUAAAGGAUUUUUUUGGAUGCUCAAAGAAGAAAGCGUUGUGUGGAAGGGCGAGAUCUUUGAUGAAUGGGAGUUUGACUUUCCAAUCACUGUGUCUGGUCGGUCUUCCUGCCUGCCUGCCUGCCAGCCUCGCUCGCUCGCGGUGAGAGCAGGCGUUUCUCUCGCCAGCAACGACCAACCCUUGUGUAUUCUUCUUCUCCUCCUUCUUCGUGUCGAGGUAUCCCUUCUCCCGUGUACAUCGAAGGGCGAGAGAUGUUGGAGGAGGAGAUUCUUACCCUGGGGGCGUGACGAGUUACUAGACAUCUAAUCGCCCGGUUCCAGAUCAGUGUAUAAGAGAUUUUGUAUAGUAUGGGCAUAAGCACAGGGGUGUUUUUUGUGGCUAUGGCUAGAUCUGGAUGCCCGCGUGCAUCCGCAAGCAAGCAAGCAUUCAAUCAUCAAUCACUCAUAGGUCCGGGUCGCUAUGGAAGAACCGCGGGGCUCGAGCGUCCUCGGGUUCUAGGAUGGCGAUCCUCCCAAUUGGACGAUUAAUUCUUUGUGGGCACGGUCCCACCGGGUUGGCAGCUUUAGACUAGUUAGUGGCUGUGCCAACUGUAUUUUCUUCUGAACAUUCCCCCAAGCUGUUCGUUCUCAUCUGCAGCCAUUUGCAGAGGCUUCGGGGGCUAAUCCUCACCAGAGACUUCCAGCCCUAGAUCGGAUCGCAGGACUAGACGCACUCUCGGACAGACCAGCACACAUUCUUGUCUCAGCAGACAUUGUGAAAACUAGUACUUGAUUUUAGUUGAGGUUAGGGUAGGAAUUCAGUACACAACAACAUUUGGUUCUGCAGAAGCAUAAUAUUCUUCUCGCAGGUAGUAGAUUAUGUACAACUCUUUGUCCUGUUCACGGACGGACGAUCCCAUUGUGGACCAAGUCUUCCUGAUUUAAGUGGAAUACAACAACCUCGUUAU